CAGUGUCGUGACGUCAUUUGGCCUUAUCCGGAAGUAGAGAAACAUCAACAAGCCUACCAAGGCGACGCGUUGAGCUGCGACGUAGCAAAAGUCUCACCGACGGAAUUCUUAGUUUUUUUUUAAAAUAAGAAAUUUAGCUUUUAGCAUCUCAACCGAUGGCGUUGUUCGGCAAACUAUUCGGAGGAAACAAAGGUGGAAAGGGGCCGAGCCCGCAGGAGGCCAUCCAGAAACUCCGCGAGACCGAGGAGAUGCUAACCAAAAAGCAGGAAUUUUUGGAGAAAAAAAUCGAACAGGAGUUACAAAUUGCUAAGAAGAACGGCGUGAAAAACAAAAGAGCGGCUCUGCAAGCUUUGAAGCGAAAGAAGCGCUACGAAAAGCAGCUGGAGCAGAUCGAUGGAACGUUGUCCACCAUCGAGUUUCAGAGGGAGGCUCUGGAGAAUGCAAACACCAACACUGAAGUGCUGAAGAACAUGGGCUAUGCUGCCAAGGCCAUGAAGUCUGCCCAUGCUGACAUGGACAUUGACAAGGUGGAUGACUUGAUGCAGGAUAUAAACGAGCAACAGGAGUUGGCACAAGAAAUCUCGGACGCCAUCUCCAAACCUGUUUGCUUCGGGGAAGAAUAUGAUGAGGAUGAGCUUCUUGCUGAGCUGGAUGAGCUGGAACAAGAAGAGCUGGAUAAAAACUUGCUGGACAUCGGGCCAGAGAACGUCCCCCUACCCAACGUGCCUUCAACUUCAUUACCUUCCAGACCUGCUGCAAAGAAAGUGGAGGACGAGGACGACAUGGACGACCUGCAGCGCUGGGCGGAAGCCAUGUAAACGCAUCACGAUCUGUCGUCGCCGCCAUCGCCGCCGCAUCUUACUCUUACCUGUAUCAGAAGCUGGAGGGCCUGAACGGACUGAUAAUGUUGUCGCUGUAUGUGUGUGUACGUGUGUGUGUGUGCGUGCGUCUGUCUCUAAGGACAAUGCCUGGACUUAAUAUAACACUCCAAAAGAAUACGAAACGGUUUCAUCCAGGGGUGUCCAAAGUCCGACCCAGGGGCCAUUUUUUCCCCCAUAGCUAGUUAAUUGUUGGCCCUUGGCUUAUUGUAAAAAAUGAAAUGUAUUCAUUAUAAAUGAGAGAUAUUAUUGAAUAUUACACUAAUAUGCUUUUGUCACCUAUAACACAGAUGUGGAUGUUUUCUUCAGUUAGCUUAGCAUAUAUCGACUUAUAUUGGAUUGGUUUUUAGCAUCUUUAAUACAUGAACUGUAUCAAAGUGGUGGAAAAAGGUUUGGACACCCCUGCUGUAGUUUUUCUUUUUGAAUUCCCUUUGGAAACACGACACCCUAAUAUUUGACUGGCAAUUGACACCGAGCUUGUACGUUUAUUGUGGUGGGAAUGUCAUGGGAAAAGGUCUGCAUACGUUUUCAUUGUUUUCAUCCUUUCUGUGUUUUUUCCAUUGUGGAGAUUUGAUUCUUCAAAGGUUAUCAUCUGUGUCUUUGCCACAGUAUCCAGCUGCUCCAACACCCUCCCCCCCACCCCCCAAUCCUCCAGUUGUGGUUUGUUAUUCAAUGUAAAUAACCUCAAAAACGAAACCCUCACAACACAUACAUCACUUUUUGUACUUUAUUGCCCCCCCCCAGAGUUCCAGGAAUUCACUUUCCUUCAAUCAUUUCAUUCAAGGUCUAAUAUUUCACAUUUUAUCAUGUUCGAAUCACACAAAAAGCACCUGUUGUCACACAAGAAAAUGACAUUUUAGGAGUAAUCCUCUAAAACAUAUAUAUAUUUGCCAAUCUAUAAAACACAUUUAAUGUUGGUUCUAUUACAUUUCAUAUUUCAAAAUUUCAAAUUCAUGAUGUAUGUUUUUUUUAUACAUUGAAGGGGGGACAAAAGUACACAUUAUUUACAAACAGGCAAGCAUGUUUGCUGUUCCACAGUAUGUUUAAUUUAUCCAGAUAAGAAUAUUAUUUGCAAAAAUCAUUAAAAGAAGUCAAUUCUUGUA